AUGAAGAAAGCAGAGCUAGUGUUCAUCCCUUUACCAACCAUGGGCCAUGUUGUAGCUGCAGUAGAGAUGGCUAAGCUUAUGGUUGAACGUGAGGAUCGAAUUUCCACAAAUGUCCUCAUAAUCAACCCGACUAUCGACUCCAGCACUACCAAAUACAUUGAUUCACUCACAGAAUCAACUCUACCCAAUCGCUUCCGAGUCGUUCCCUUACCCAGGCCUGAGCACAUCUCAGAAACUUAUGCUGAUCAUAAGAUGCUGCCUUCUUUGGUUGAAGCCCAAAAUCCCAAUAUCAAAGAAUUUGUUUCCAAGCUCAAGACUCAGUCAGAGUUGAGUCCUGACUCACCUCGACUUGCUGGGUUUGUUCUUGAUAUGUUUGUUACCGGAAUCAAAAAUUUGGCAGAAGAAUUUGGUGUUCCCUGGUAUGUUUUCUUCGUUUCAAGUGCAGCUUAUCUUGGCUGUGUAUUGCAUCUUCAGGCCCUUCAUGAUGAGAAGAAAGUGGACCUCACACAGUUCGAAAAUUCCGACGCUGAGAUGCAAAUUAAAAGUUUGGUGAACCGGUUUCCGGCUAAGCUUCUGCCUGAUAUGGUGUUUGACAGAGAGCCGCUAGCUACUUUGCUUGAAGUUGCCAGAGGGUCGAGUGCGGCAAGGGGUAUUUUGAUAAAUACAUUUACAGAGUUGGAACCACAUGCGGUUAACUCUCUUUCAAAUAGUAAAAUCCCUCCAAUAUACCCGAUCGGACCCAUUGUGAAAUGUGAAGGAAAUGGCUAUGACGUCCGAUCCGAUAGCAGCAUCGAUUACAGAGACAUCAUGCAAUGGCUUGAUGAUCAACCUCCAUCAUCAGUAGUGUUUUUAUGCUUUGGGAGUUGGGGAAGUUUUGAUGUCGAGCAAGUGAAAGAGAUUGCAUGUGCGCUCGAGCAUUGUGGACAUCGAUUCUUGUGGUCAUUGCGCAAGCCUUCAAUAAAAGUUGCUACAUGGCCGAUAUACGCAGAGCAACAGUUUAUUGCUUUUGAAAUGGUGAUUGAGUUGGGAUUAUCAGUGGACCUUAAAAUGGAUUACAGAGAGAAUAUUCUUGUUGAUGAUGGUAAUGAAGUAAUUGUGAACAGUGACGAUAUAAAAAGAGGACUAAAGUCAGUGAUGGAGCAAGACAAUGAGAUAAGAAAGAAGGUGAAGAAAAUGAGUCGAAUAAGCAAGAAAGCCUUGAUGGACGGAGGAUCUUCCUCCUCUGCAUUGGCUCAGGUAAUUGAAGAUGUGAUGGCAACAAAGCAUGAGGCAAUUGUUUCUAGCCGUCAUAAAUAA